AUGGUGUCGCCUCCUUCUUCGCUGCCUUCGCCAACCCCUUCAUCGUCAUCCCAUUCGCAUUUCCAGUCGAUGUCCGCCAUGCAACCCCCUAAUCCCCCUCGAGUACCUUCAGCAGCAUCCGGUCACUCCGGACACUCAAUGUCUUCAAAGAUUCAGUAUCCAAAUGGAGUGAAUAAUUACGAACAGAACCCAUCACCAACUGGAUACGGUGAUUACAAUCAUCAACCUGGUCAACAACCUUACAAUCCCAAUAUACCAGCAACGUUCUUACCUCCCGUUACAUCUUCACCACCACCCCAUCCACCUCCUUACGUCCCACCACCCCAGCAUGCUAUGGCACCUGAUCCGAUUCAUUCGAUAGCAGCAGGUGGACCGGGGAUGAUGGGAAUGGGGAUGGGAUCCAUCUCACCUACGGGUAUGAUGACAGGAUCUUGGCCAAAUCACAUCGGACCAAUACCAGCGCCGGGUCCCAACGGAUGGCGUGGUCAGGUGCAAGGUGGAUAUCCUUCGCAAUCUCAAUCUCAGCCUAUCUAUGGCAGAUCCGGAUUACCCAACGGUGGACAUCAUCUACCAUCGAAUCCAGCAGAUAUUUACGGUGGAGUGGGUAGAUCAUCCAUCUCAGGUUCAUCGAUGGGUGGUUUAGGUCCAAGGCCAAAUUCUGGUCCGGGUGAAAGUAGAGAACGUCGGCGAGAUAGAGAAAGAAGAGAAAAGGAGGAGGACAGAGAUGACCAGGAGGUUAUAAGCACUAUCUUUGUGGUUGGAUUCCCGGAUGAUAUGUCGGAACGAGAAUUCCAAAACAUCUUCACAUUUGCCACUGGAUUUGAAGCUGCUACACUCAAGUACCCUUCUGGCUCAAAUCGGAAAGAACCAGCAGCUACCCUUCUAGCAGAACUCACUCAGUUAGCUGCUGCUCAAGCACAAGCUCAAGCCGCUGGUGAACCGUUCGACUAUCCCCUUACUCAACCUGCUUUAGAGGAAGCUAUGGCUUCUCUGACUAUGGCUGCAACGGCUUCCACAUCCUCAUCGACUACUCCCUCAGCUGCCGUGUCACUCACACCUUCGGCACCUUCUGGUCCAAUGCUUGGUAACCCACCUUUACCUACUCGACGACAGACGAUCGGCUUCGCAAGGUUCAAGACUCGUGCUGAUGCUCUAGCUGCUCGUGAAUCACUGCAAGGAAGGAAGAUCGAUGCACUCACUGGAGCUACCCUGAAGGCUGAGAUGGCCAAAAAGAACCUGCACACCAAAAAACAGACGUCCGGAGAAGAACUGGUAGGAUUGUUACUCAGAUCAGGUCGAUUGGCGAGUAUCGUCAACCCAUCCGGAACUCAGAUAGGUCCGGGUAUCCCUUCACAGAUCAUCCCUGGCGCUUCAUCGUCUCAACCUCAGCCCUCAUCAGCAUCAGCGAGGGAAGCAUGGGAUUCUUGGCCCAACUCGACACCCAGCGAGAGAGAACGAUCAAGUACUGAUGAAAGCGUAGUCAUGCUUCCUCCGCCCCAACCAUAUCCAUCAACCGAUACAUCCUCGAUGCCCCCUCCACCACCACCACAAUCCUUCAUCCCAUCCAACAACUACUCACAAUCCAACCCAUCUGCAUCACCUUCACUCUCAGUGAAAUCGCCCAAUCAGCGGCCUACGGAUUCUAAGGCUUUAUUGGCUUUAGCAGAGGAAGCAGAUGAGUUGGAAGGAUGGAGCGUGAACGGCGCAGUGGGGAUCGGUAUCAUGGAUGGGUAUCAAAACAAUCGAUCACUCCCUUACACCUCUUCAGCAAGGGGUCAAGGUCAAAAUCAAGACGGUAUGGGUAUCCCACCUUCUAUACCCUCAUACGGGGGAAAUGGCCUUGGUAUUGGAAGGAACGGUCAGAGUGAUGCGACGUAUGGAACUAGUCCACCUGGUGGGACGGGCAGUGAUAGGUUAUCAGACAACGGUAGAGCAUUGUUGAGUGGUAACAACCCUGCAGAUCAAAAUCCACCUAUCAACACCCUCUACGUCGGCAACCUUCCAGCCAUUUCACCUCCCACUCACCCACCCAACUUCCUUGAGGAAUCCCUCAGAGGUCUAUUUUCUCGUUGUCCAGGAUUCAAGCGCAUGUCUUUCCGGCAGAAAAUCAAUGGACCCAUGUGUUUUGUCGAGUUCGAAGAGGUGCUUUUCGCUAGUCAGGCUAUCAAGGAUCUAUAUGGACAUAAUCUAGGUGGCUUGGUCAAAGGUGGUAUUCGAUUGUCGUACUCCAAGAACUCCCUUGGUCAACGUGGUAACGCUCAUCCCUCCUCCCUCAAUACCUCAAUGUUCGGUGGUAUCGCUCAUACCGUCGCGCUCGCUGGCAUGUCCAUGACAUCUCCUACCACCACUCCUGCUCACCCCAUACCAAACAACAACGGUCAAGCUAGUCAAGGUCCUGUCUCUGCUGGUCCCAAUACUGGAUAUGGUCUACAACUCCAACAUGGUCCGCCUCAAGGACAAUCACAACCGCCCGCUACUGCACCUAUCCCCGAUCAUCGACGGGAAAGCAAUGGAAAUGCCGGCCAGGCACAAUCGACCAGCUUGUCACCUACGGCUCAACCCUUCAAUGUAUCCUUACCCGACCCUACUUCUCCUCGAUCACGUUAUUUCACGCCUGGUAACUCGAACAAGGUACCCUCACCAUCUGACGUAACUUCUUCAUCCUUCGCCGGUGGUUCAUCCGCUGUCCCUAUCCCGUCAGCCAAUUCCACCUUCCAGCCGUUCUCAUCGUCGAACCCGUCAUCAGGUUUCAGUCCGAUGUCGUCACCAAUCAGAACACCUGCUAGCUUCAGCUGGAAGUCAAGUGGCGCACCUCCGGGACCUGGAAGUGGUGCGGGCGGAUUCGGUGGAUUUGAUUUCGCUAGUACGGGUACCGCGUUGAGCAGUUUGAAUGGCGCGGCUAGCGCUUGGGGAGCAGGAAAUGCGUCAAGCGGUGACAGGAGGGAUCAACAAUGA